AUGAGCAGAAGACCACCCAUCGACUCCGGGGAGUUUGAGCUUAGCACCUCCGUACUCUCCCUCCUGUCGCCCUCCAAAGCGAGCACUCUUCUCGAGGAGACAGGCUGCGAGCAGUCAGACGGCACGCCGCUAGCCCUCUUGGGUGACAACAUUACCUCGCCUUCCCCAGAAAAACACCGCAACCCCCCACCAAGCUUUGCCGCCAUAGUUAAGGCCCACGGAAACGAAGAUAGAGCCUCGAGCAAGAUCACGGAGCUACCUCCAUCAACAGAAGCUUCCCCUACUCUCCGUGGCUCCGUUGUUGCCAAGGCAGAGAAUCAGCUCGAGCAACUUCAGGACGACGAGCCUGCAGCGAAGGACCAGCCUAGCCUCUCAGACGAAGAGACCUUAAGACCCAGCGAAAAUUCCCAGUCUUCCAUACCAAGACUCCAAGAGGACAGCCUCCAAAAAGACAGUACCCAAGAGGACAACAUUCAAGACAACAGCAUUCAGAACGACGACGUCCACAGUCACGAAACGUCAAUCGCCGAGCUCAUUUGGGCUUUACUUGUCACAUUCGGCACCGUCGCUUGGGGAACAUCUCGUCUUGUGUUCUUCUCAUUCUUGGCACCCCUUUCCUUUGUGAAGCACCCGGGCCUUGCUUUGUUCGAGACAUCCAAACUUUGGCUCUUGUUCGCAAGCCAGUGCUGUACAACACUGCGCCUCAUCACAAAGAGGCUCAUCCUCAUCGCAUUAAUCCGACUCUUCAAGGUCCUUACCUGGGCUCUACAGCUGUUGAUAUGGAGCAAAACAUCCCAAGCAACGCCCCAAAGCGACGAGGGUCCCGCUGGUCACUCCUCAGACCAGCCAAAGGCGAACGGCGGUCAUCAACUGUAA